AAAAACCAAGAUAAAGAUGGAAACGCUAAUUAUGGUGUGCGCUAUCGCGCUGGCGAUUGGUGUAAAGCUUGGCUUCUUUUUUCUAUUCGCGUACAAGACGCAAAAAGACGCACCAUUACCAAAGAACCAGCCGUUUGACAUAGUGCAAAAAGGCGAGGAGAAAGGCGAUGGGCGUAAGCGCAUCCUGGUUACCGGAGGGUGCGGCUUCUUGGGAAGCCACAUCGUGCGGCAGCUCAAGGACCGUGUAGGCAACAAGGCAUCGCUCGUGGUGCUGGACGCGGCUGUGCACGACAAGUUCGGGCCGCUGGUGCCGGGCGUGACGUACAUUAAGGGCGACAUCACUACCUACACACACGUGCACUCCGCUCUGGCCAACUGCGACUGCGUGGUGCACACGGCCGCGCUGGUCGGCGACUCCACCACGCCGCGCUCCACCUUUGCCCGCGUGAACGAGCAGGGUACCAAGAACAUUGUGGAGGCGGCCUUGGAGCGCGACGUGCGGAACAUGGUGUACACCUCCUCAGCGUCCGUGGUCUUCAGCCUGGCCAAUGUGCGGCCGGGAGUCACGGGCGGUGGCUCGCUGGCGCCCAUCCUGGAGACGGAGCCGGCGCGCCCGGAGGCCGAGCUGAACGGCGCAUACGCCAAGUCCAAGGCGGCGGCGGAGCGGCUGGUGCUGGCGGCCAGCAGCCACGCGCUGCGGGUGGUCGUGCUGCGCCCCGGGGGCGUGUACGGCAUGGCGGACUCGGGCAUGACGCCCCAGAUCCUGGCAGGCCAGCCGUGGGUAGGGCCCGGCAAGGUGCGGGUGCCGUUCGUGUGGGUGGAGGACGCCGCGCGCGCGCACGUACUAGCGGCCGAGCAGCUGCUGUGGCCGCAGCUGGGCCCCGACGGCAGUCCGGCCAAGCGCAUCCAUGGCCGCGCCUACCACAUCACACACGACCCCGUGCGCGAGCCCCUCCUGUACCACGAGUUCGGAGGUGGCGUGCCCACGGCCAUUGAGGAUCUCGCGGCGCUGGGCAUCGCCGACCGGUCGCACCCAGACGUGGUCAAGGCAGAGGAGCAGGCGGGCGUGCACACGACGCGCAACUGCGCGGCGCUGCGCGCCGCGCGCGUCAGUGCCUACGGCUGUGUCGCGAACAGCAGUGUCCCCUUCCCGGUGGUGUGGUUCCUGGCGCGGCUGAACUUCUGGUUGGGUCAGCGCUUUGGGUUCGUGCUGGUGGACGCGCGCUCCACGCCCGAGAACAUGAUCUAUGCGUCCAACCACUGGCCCUGCGACGUGCGCGAUGCGCGGGCGGUGCUGGGCUGGGAGCCCACCCCGUUCCGGGUGGUGGCGGCGGCGCUGGGUGAGGCGGGCGCGGAUGCCGAUCCUAAGGCGGCCAAGCGGUACAAGAGCCUGACGGUGGGCGGUGCCGAGGAGAAGAAGACCAAGUAGAGGAAGGCGACAGUGGCGGUUGGGGCGAGGCGGAGCGGGCGUUAACAGUGAGCGGGUGCAACUGUGCGAGCAGCGUGUGUGCAAGGUUCACGGCGGGCGGUGGACCGGUGAUCACUGAACCUUGGGCUUUGAAGGAAGACUUGUUACAGUCAACUGCGUACGAGGUGACCUGACCUGGGUGCUGGGCACCCUUGCUUGGUCGGACUGUCCCUUCUUGUAAUGUCGCAUUCAU